AGUCCUGUCCUCUAUAUAGUUCAACAAAUAAUAUUCGUCGUCGUUGAAGAAUGUUGAAAUCGCCUCUUGCCUCUUCAUGCCUGAGGCUAAAUCACCGCCACUACAUCCGCACCGCCUCUCUACCAAGCCACAGAGUCUCUGAUUGCUCCUCCGAUACGCAUCGUACAACAACAAUUUCCUUCUCUACUUUAUUCGCUCUUGGGAAUUUUUCAAGCCAAGUGAACAUAAUCCCUUGCCCUUCGAGACAAAAAGGGCAUCCAACGCAUGACAUCUCCAGAGAAACCGCGUGAUAUCGCCUGGUCGAGCCGAUAACUCGUUACGCCGAAUCGAAUCGCCUCGUGUCGUGACAUACCACCUUUUCGCGAUUCAACGAAACCCCACUUUUCAACUGAAUAAUACGACGGAUUACAAUAGGAAAAUACAGGGCGAGGGAUUAAAUCAGACAACAUGGCAGAGGAUCAACCCAUAGCAGAAGAUGUGGCGGGGGAGUCGCUCAUUCAAGGACGCGCGAAACGAAGUACGGCAGGGCGUCAUAUGUCUGCUCUGUUAGACGCGGAAGCAGAUGACGACCUUGCGCUUCUUUUCGAAGAAAUUGAAGAUGACAACGACUUCUCCGUGGAUGCGGAGGAAGACGGCGGGGAAGAUGAUGAGAGGCUUGACAGCUCUUCCGAUGACGAUGAUCAAGGGCCAAAUGCGCAGGAUGACAACGAGGAAGGAGAGGAUGAACUAAAGAAGGAAGCUGUGGCCGAACGCAAGAAGCGGAGGGCUCAUGAGGAUCUACGGAUGAAGACGUUUCGCAAAAAGGUCAAGAUCGAUCCAACCGCUGUGCCCGCAGAAUCUGCCCCUCGACCGAAGAAGAAAUCAGAGCGUAUCUCGUGGAUCCCUACAGUCGAAGACGGUCCUACGCGGUCUUCGUCUCGUCGCCAGACGAUGCAGAACAAGGAGGUCACACAUGCCAAGCUCAAAGAUAGUGAAGAGAAGCGUAUUCGACUUAUUGCAACUAUGGAGGCAGCAGCUAAGAGAAAGGCACGUCUUAAACCGAAAGAGAUGACUCAGGCCGAGCGUCUUGCCGAAGCCGAGAGGGUGGAAAAACAUAAUAGCAAGAGUUUGAAUCGAUGGGAAGAGAUGGAGAAGAGAAAGGCAGAGGAAAGAAAAGCCAAAAUCGAAGCGCUUCAAAAUCGCCGUCUUGAAGGGCCGGUUAUGUCCUAUUGGAGUGGCCUUGCUACAUGGACCAAUGGUCGUUUGACGCGCGUUGGGAAAGUCGACAUUACACAGAAGCCGGAGAAGGAAGAGAACACGCGGAGGAAAAGCAAGAAAGUUGAAAAGGAGGACAAAGACAAGACUGUGACGGAACAGAAGCCUGCUACUGAACCUGCUGCCGGUGAUCCUGUUGCUUCGCAGGCGGUUCCCACAGGUACCUCGGAAAAUACCACAGCACCAGCAGUGUCUGGGGAAGGAGAAACUACGCAAAAACAGGGCCAACCAGAGACAGCAGAAGCCAAGAUAGAAAAUCCUGAGCCUGGCAACCAGCCCUCUACUCAAGAGAAUGAAAAGAGUUCUACUGAAGGCGAAAACACCAAGACCGUCCCAGAUAACUCAACUACUCCGGCAAAAGAGGCACCGACUCUUCCUGCUGCGGCUGAACCAUCUACCACUGCAGCCGGUGCUGCACCAGAUACAAAAACAUCUGACUCGGUGCCUCCCCCUACAGUGGGGACAAAAAAUGAGACGAUGACAACUGAGAGUAAAGCAGCAGAUGAAGCUCCAAAGGAAGAAAAAGAAGGUGAAAAAGGGACGGCAGCAGCAGCAACAGAAACUGCGGCUGGUGAUGAAAACUCCAAAGCACCAUCGGCAGAUGCAGCUCUAGAUGCACCGCAGACACAAGAAGCACCAGAAGCACACAAAGAAACGCCACAGCCAGCGCCCGAGCAGCAGAAAACCGAGUUGCCAACAGAGCAGAAAGAAGAUGCAGGUCCCAAACAGCCAGAGGCUGAACCAUCCACAACAGCUCAGCCAGGGCCUGAUGCUGUCCCAGAUCCUAAAACAACGACUCCUGUCGCGCCAACUGCUGCUAUUCCAACCACUCAGCAAGGGGAACCCCCAGCACCGACACCGACACCACAAGAACCCGCGACGUCUGAGAUGCAGAUGGAUAUCGACCAGCCAGCUGGUACGAAUGAGAGCGCAGCACAACCCGAAGUGCCGCCACCCCCUCCAGUGAUUGAACAAACCGGACGAAAUCUCACCAUCCUCGAGAAUUUUGAUGACAAGACAGCACAGAGCCGCGAGUUUAGCAUUUACUUUAAUGCAAAGAAACCUCCUCGACUUACCAAAAUUUCAUCAUCACUGUGUGUCAUCACAUCCCUUCCCUCGCGUUAUCGAGACCCCGACACGUCUCUCCCAUUUGCGAAUGCUUAUGCACACCGCGAAAUCCAACGGACUGCGUCACAGCGUUCAGCCUGGAGUCCAAUGCUAGGCUGCUACGUUGGGCCGGUCGGGGUCGCAGCGCGUGGAGUACCAGCGAGGUUCCUGGGAGGGGAUCAGGCCGAGGAGAAUGGCAAGGAGGGUGGAGAGGAAGCUGGCAGUCAUACAGAUUCUGCAGAAAAGGAGGGGGAUAAGGAGGGGGUCAAGAAAGAAGGGGAGAAAAAGGCAGUGCCUGCUGCUGCUUCUACACCUACACCAGCUACACCAGCAGCAGGGUCAGCUCCAUCGGUAGCAGCUACGCCUGUCGCAGCUACACCAACCCCUGUAGCAGGCGGAGGCGGCGAUCCAAUGGAGGUUGAUGCAGCGUGAGAAGUGCAUUGCAUAGUAUUUGUAUUAUAACUAGGAUACCCAACUGAAUAAUGAUGUAUUAACAAGAACGAGUCGAGUCGAGUAGAUUUGAAUAAUGAUUGAUGUAUCCAAAGAGUGAGGUAGUCAGCAGAAAACGCAAUGUUCUGGAAUACUGAUGCCAUCCAGUAAUGAGCAAAUUCCCAGUCAGAAUGACCCCAUAGCGAUGAAAAUUUUUUUCACACGCACAACAAACAAACACAUCAUUAGCAUUUCUAGACCGCUCAAUCGACGAUAUUCCAGAAUCGCAGAGGAUGAUGUCUAGGCCAAUCACGAUAAUGACCUCAUUCCCCAACAUGGACAGCAUCACCACACUGACGCAAGAGGAAUGGGAAAAAAAAAAAAAAAAAAAAAA